GCCGCGGUCACAGCGGCGGCACCGGGUGAAAUUUCUGGAAGGUGCGGCCGGAACGGGGCUGGCACCGGGAUCGGGAUCCGGGGAAGGUGACGGCGGGCGGUGACGGCCCCCAGCACCGCCGCCGCCGCCGUCAUGAACCACAAGAGCAAGAAGCGGAUCCGCGAGGCGAAGCGCAGCGCCCGCCCGGAGCUGAAGGACUCGCUGGACUGGACCCGCCACAACUACUGCGAGACCUUCCCCCUGAGCCCCGCCGCCUGCAAGGAUAACGUGGAGAGGGCAGAUGCGCUCCAGCUGACGGUGGAGGAGUUUGUUGAGCGCUAUGAAAAGCCUUACAAGCCCGUGGUGUUGCUGAACGCCCAGGUGGGCUGGUCUGCCCAGGAGAAGUGGACGCUGGAGCGGCUGAAACGCAAAUACAGGAACCAGAAGUUCAAGUGUGGGGAGGACAAUGACGGUUACUCUGUGAAGAUGAAGAUGAAGUACUACAUAGAGUACAUGGAAACCACACGUGAUGACAGCCCCCUGUACAUCUUUGACAGCAGUUAUGGGGAGCACCCCAAGCGCAGGAAACUCCUGGAGGACUACAAAGUACCCAAAUUCUUCACGGAUGAUCUCUUUCAGUAUGCAGGGGAGAAACGGCGGCCACCCUACAGAUGGUUUGUGAUGGGCCCACCUCGAUCUGGAACGGGAAUUCACAUCGAUCCCUUGGGAACUAGUGCGUGGAAUGCCUUAGUGCAGGGACAUAAGCGUUGGUGCCUGUUCCCAACCAGCACUCCCAGAGAGCUGAUCAAAGUGACUCGAGAAGAGGGAGGGAACCAGCAGGAUGAGGCAAUCACUUGGUUCAACGUCAUCUAUCCUCGGACACAGCUUCCCACCUGGCCCCCCGAAUUCAAACCCCUGGAAGUCUUACAGAAACCAGGCGAGACAGUCUUUGUGCCAGGUGGCUGGUGGCAUGUUGUUCUCAACCUUGACACGACUAUUGCCAUCACACAAAACUUUGCCAGCUGUACCAACUUCCCCGUGGUGUGGCACAAGACGGUGAGAGGGAGACCCAAACUGUCACGGAAGUGGUACAGGAUCCUAAAGCAGGAACAUCCUGACUUGGCAGCCUUGGCUGAUUCAGUUGACCUGCAGGAAUCUACUGGUAUUGCUUCCGACAGUUCGAGUGAUUCUUCCAGUUCCUCAAGUUCCAGCUCCUCAGACUCUGAUUCAGAGUGUGACUCUGGCUCCGAGACAGAGGGGAUGAUGCACCGGAGGAAAAAGCGGAGGACGUGCAGCAUGAUGGGGAACGGGGACACAACCUCCCAGGACGACUGUGUGAGCAAAGAGCGCAGCUCCUCCAGGAUUAGGGAAUCUUGUGGAGGCCGCAGCUACCCCUGAGAGAUAACACCACCCGAUCGAAGCUCCGUUAGCAGCCAGCCAGCUCUGUUCUACCCCCUCCUGCUUCUGUUUCUCACAGUCCUUACGUUCUUGUCACUCUUCCUCGAUCCAGACAUCUGUCUUCGUUAUGUGCUGUCCAAGGUUGGCUCCUGAGUAGCUUGUAGGG